GUCUGACUACUAGCGUCGAACCGGCACCUCCACGGCGGAAAGGAAAACGAGAUCCAACAAAGUCUGGAAUAUGAACAGAUUUGCACUGGCGGUUUCCCUCGUGGCGAUCGGUUUCCUUGUCGUCGAAGGAGGUAACCCAUGCUGUUCAGAGCCAUGUCAGAACAGGGGCGUUUGCACAGCACUUGGAGCUGAUAAUUACGAGUGUGAUUGCACACGCACGGGAUUCCAUGGACACAACUGCACAACACCUGAAUUCCUUACAUGGGUCAAAGUCUCCCUGAAGCCUUCACCCAACACUGUCCACUACAUUCUCACCCAUUUCAAGGGCUUCUGGAACAUCAUCAACAACAUCUCCUUCCUCAGGGACUCCAUCAUGAGAUACGUGCUGACAUCUCGGUCCCACUUGAUUGACAGUCCUCCGACAUACAACGCUGAUUAUGGUUACAAGAGCUGGGAAGCAUAUUCAAACCUCUCCUACUAUACACGCACCCUCCCCCCUGUGCCAGAGGAUUGCCCAACCCCGAUGGGAGUAGUAGGUAAAAAGGAGCUGCCGGAUGCUAAGCUAUUGGCUGAGAAGCUUCUCAUGAGAAGACAGUUCAUCCCGGAUCCACAGGGCAGCAGCCUGAUGUUUGCAUUCUUCGCACAGCAUUUCACCCACCAGUUCUUCAAAUCCGAUAUGAAGAAAGGACCAGCUUUUACUUUAGCUAAAGGCCACGGGGUGGACCUCAGCCACGUUUAUGGAGACAGCCUGGAAAGGCAACAUAAGCUUAGACUCUUAAAGGAUGGCAAGCUGAAAUAUCAGAUCCUGGAUGGAGAGGUGUACCCACCCACAGUCAAAGAAGUAGGCGUUGAAAUGCACUACCCCCCCCACGUUCCCGACUCUCACCGCUUCGCUGUGGGCCAUGAGGCCUUCGGCCUGGUCCCCGGUCUGAUGAUGUACGCCACCAUCUGGCUGAGGGAACACAACAGAGUGUGCGAGGUGCUGAAGGAGGUUCACCCGGACUGGAACGACGAAAGGCUCUUUCAGACCUCACGGCUCAUUCUGAUCGGAGAGACCAUCAAGAUUGUGAUUGAGGAUUACGUGCAGCACCUGAGUGGCUACAACUUCAAGCUCAAGUUUGACCCCGAGCUGCUGUUCAACCAGCGCUUCCAGUACCAGAACCGCAUUUCAUCAGAGUUCAACACCUUGUACCACUGGCACCCGCUGAUGCCCGACAGCUUCCACAUUGAGGAGAAAGAUUACAGCUAUAAAGAAUUCGUCUUCAACACCUCCCUUGUUCCAGAGCACGGCAUCGGCAACCUCGUGGAGUCGUUCACCAAUCAGAUUGCUGGCCGGGUUGCCGGUGGCCGAAAUGUUCCAGGACCUAUCAUGUACGUGGCCAUUAAGUCCAUUGAAAACAGCAGAAAAAUGCGCUACCAGUCUCUGAACGCCUACAGGAAACGCUUCUCCAUGAAGCCCUACAGCUCCUUUGAAGACAUUACAGGAGAGAAAGAAAUGGCCGCAAUUCUCGAGGAGUUCUACGGACACGUUGACGCCGUGGAGCUGUACCCGGGUCUGCUGGUGGAGAAGCCCAGGACGGAUGCCAUCUUUGGGGAGACGAUGGUGGAGAUGGGGGCCCCUUUCUCCCUCAAGGGCUUAAUGGGAAACCCCAUCUGCUCCCCGGAGUACUGGAAGCCGAGCACAUUCGGAGGCAGCGCGGGCUUCGACAUCGUCAACAGCGCCUCCCUGCAGAGGCUGGUGUGCAGUAACGUGCGGGGGCCCUGUCCCACGGCCUCUUUUUAUGUGCCCAAUGUGAAAGACACCGGGUCCAGAGUCAUCAACUCCAGCAAUUCCCACUCUCGUGACAGUGACAUCAACCCCACAGUCAUUUUGAAAGAGAGGACUAGUGAACUCUAAUGUAUUCUCAUUUUAAGCAAAAAUGUUUUCUAUCUAUUUUUAUAUUUAUUUAUUUAUUUUUUAUUUAUUCUAUUUUAUUUAUAACAACCUAUUUUUUUAACUGUCCUUAUAGAGAUUUUAGUUUUUAAGAACAAAUGUCUGGUUGUGUUUUAUUUAUUGAAAGAUUAAUUAUAUUAUAAAUUAUUGUUGCAGUAAGGACCUCAGACUCUCAGAAACCAGAUACUUUAGGUCAGUUUACAGUUCCAACUGCAUUAGCCUGUUACAUUCCUAAUUGACUGUUAAUUAUCAUAAAAUUGUAUGUUUGUCCAAGUGUUUUACAUGGUUUUACAGGUACUGUAUAGUAGGAAUGUUUAAAGUGAAAUUGGUGACCAAUCUUGACUCACUUGAUCCAAUGAUCCUACUUCCGUAUUGUUUUACUGAUUGUUUUUCUACUUCAGUCUAUGCAUUAACUUUGGUUCCUUUGAAAUGGAAUUUAUUGCAUCUCUACAAAACUGCAGUGUGAUAAAAUGGAUCAUUAGGUCACAUGGCUUAAAAAGUACUGUUUCUUCUGUUCUCCUUGCCUGUUGACUUGAAAAGUUGAUGCUAAUAAAUGCUUCCAGGAUGGGAGAAAAUAUC